AGGCGGAAGCGCCGAAACCUAAGACGAAGGCCACGCCGUUCCAGCUGGAGCACAUGAAGCUUGGAAUUGCAUUUUUUGGCAGGGCAGAUGGUAUAGAUGUGCUUUUUAAUGUCAUGGAAAAUGCUUUUAAAAGGCUAUGGUAAGUUGGGGUUACUUACCGGCGAAUUAUGCUCACAUUUCAAGGGAUGAUGAAUUUCGUGAGACGCAAUUGCUGGAGGAAGACAUUCCUUUCAUUCAGGACGAAUUGGACAACGUCACCACUAUCAUUUAUCUAACUAUUGAGGGCAUCCGUAACGAUCCUGUUACUCUGGAGUCCGCACGAACGAACAUUCUGAAACUUGCUCCUAGCCUCGUAGAUUAUUUUGUAACAAUUACAGCAAGACUUAGAUGGGAUGAAGCAAACGAGCUUCCACAGACAAGAAUCUUCCUCCUCUUUUGGAAGUCGCUCUUGCUCGCCUUUGGAGGAAGAUCUGAGGUCGACGAAGUGAAGACAGCGACCAGCGAGUUGAGACAUCUAGACAGCGAUGGUGUCAAGUUAAUAACUGCUUCGCCCCUCGACUACCACAUUUUCCGCCAGGAAAUUACCUCAAAAUACCCUGCAUACAUCCCUCCCCCGCCUCUUAUACCUCUCGAGCCCGACAAUAAUUCGAUUCUCCCGCCCUUACCCAAUCGGCCAAGCAGAUCAGGUGCUAAUGGCAUACUACCACCUCCAAUGAAUGUCAACAGUAGCGGGGCAUCGAUUCUCCACCAGCCAGUGCAUAUUGCGACACCUGCACCAUCUCCACCACCAUCUCCACCCGUGGGUGGCAAGGCUGGCAAAAAACAGAAUUACCAAACAAACCAGAACUUCCCAUUCAUGUACCCUCCAUUGGAUAGCACAAGCAAUAGUGCUGGUGGUAAAGGGGCGGCAGGUUUGCAGGAGCUUCUCGUCGGUCGCAAAUGGGAGGGAAGCGACAUUCCAAGAUCAAUACUCGAAGCCGGAGAUCUGUUCGCAAAACGAAUGCGAAUGACGAGAGCCAUGCGUCAACUAUGGGAUGAACGAGAAAGGUUUCUGAAAUUCGAACGAGGUUGGGAUGGCGAGGAUGAUGAUGUUGAUGAGCUUGAUUUAGACACUAUUCUGUCAAAGAAGCUCUCAUUAUACGAAACGAAACAUGCAAAAGCAGAAGUUGAUUAUGGACCAAACCCGGAUGUUAGCGACAAAAUCAAGCAGAAACUUGAUCUUGUAGAGCAAUUCUAUCAAGAUUCAAUACCCCAUUUGCAGUCGUUGGUCAUUGUGCUACUGAAAGCAGUUUUGGCCAAUGUAACAGCUCUGAUUACACUACCGAUGGGACAAUCUCAGGGGCUUGCCCCUGCUUUCAGGUCAGAGCUAAAUCUACGAAACGGUGUGCCAGCCCAGGGUCGGGCACAAGAUCCAGCCCUUGUUCCUCUGCCGACACAUUCUGUCGACCCGGUUGACCUCCCUAUCGAUGAGAUUGAAGCAAUGAGGUCGCGAGAGAUUACCGCGAAAGCGGUGUCCGGCAUCCUUCUUAUUCUCUUAAAGUGGUUCAAAGUCUCACACAUAUUGAAGUUUGAGUAUUUGACACAACUUUUGCUGGAUUCGAACUAUCUUCCGCUUGUGUUGAAGCUCUUUGCUCAUCAGGAUAUUGACAAAGUCAUCGAUAGCAGAACAGAUCGCGAUGACAUGAGCUUCUUCGCGUUCUGCAAUGUGAACAGCAAGAACACACCCACCGAGCCCGAUCUCGCCGACUUGGAACCAGAAGAUGAGAGCGAAGACGAAGCUGCACCUCCGCCCAUCAAAAUGCGCCGAGAACUAUCCGUCGCCGACGCCGAAGACAAACUGCCCGCACUAGCUUUCCAGGAAGGUCAGCACGCAGCCAAACGUGACCGCCCCGAAGUCGACGAGCUGGGUUACCCCACCACCGAGCUACCGUCCGAACCCAUCACCGAAUUCUCAUGGCGGAACUUCUUCUCAUGCAUCAAUUUCCUCCGCAUCAUGCAGAAAAUCUGCAAGAACAAAGCUCACCGCAACCUACUCCUUGUGCAAUACAAAUCCUCCAACAUCCUCAAGAAAUCCCUCAAGGUACCACAACAUGAGCUCCGCCUCUACACCCUCAAACUCUUCAAAAACCAAGUCCCAUACUGCGGUCGCAAAUGGCGGCAAGGAAACAUGCGUGUCAUCACAGCCGUGUAUCUGCACUGCCGGCCCGAACUGCGCGACGACUGGCUUGCGGGCAGCGACGUCGAUGCGGAGGUCGAGGAAGCGCUGCCACUUGAGCAGGCGCUGAGAGCGCUGACGCAUUGGCAUAAUAUUAAACGGUAUCCGGACCAGAUGGGCGCGGAUACGAAGUUGUUGGAGGAUGAGCAUGAUUUUUUUGUUAGGGAGUUGGAGAAGAUGGAGUGGAUUGAGGAGGGGAUGGGGGAGGGGGAGAGUCAGGCUGAUAGUGGGUGGGAUGGGGUGGGGAAUGGGUGGUAGUGAGGUUGCGAGCCUCUCCCAUAAACUUCCGCGACAUGUCUGGCAUCGGUGGGGGGUAGGCAAGGGAAGGGAGCGCAUGAAGGUAAAUGAAUGCGUAAUCGAUGACCACUAGACGGAAAUAUUAUGAGACGUUAGUCUUGAAUGACAAUGCGUUCGAGUGUCUCUGUUGCACAU